CAUCAAAGAACAUCGCGAAUAGCUCCAACGCCCAACUGCGCCGAAUCAAAAUCAAACCUUCAAUCCCUCUCGCGCCCUCCCAUAUCCAUUCCCAAAGGCUCCAGUUGUGCACGGCACAUAGUCUGCCACCAUGUCUGGGAGCCGCGGAGCUCAGUUCAAUCAAAAUGUGCUCAUCGACACAACCCCCAUGCCCAGUGACAUCCCCAAGGUCAAAGAGAUCGGUGCCACAUCUGCCCCAUUGAUGAGCGCUUCGUAUUUCAUCGGCGACCGCUGCAGGGCUUACAAUGACGAUUAUAUGAAGUGCAAGAUGGAGUCCAACGGGAAGGGCGAGCUGGACUGCCUGAGGGAAGGUCGGAAGGUCACCCGUUGUGCGGCUAGUGUCAUCAAGGAUAUCAACGAAAACUGCCUCGAGCAAUUUAAGGCUCAUUUUGAAUGUCUAGAACAGAAUAACCAUCAACUAUGGCAAUGUCGGAGGCCUGAGAACGCGCUAAAUACUUGUGUGUUUGAAAAGCUUGGACUAAAGAAAGAAAUCCCCGAUACCCCCAAGGGCACAAUACCCGUUCAUCUACGGAAAUCGCAAAUCUACGCGAAUUACUCCGGACCGCAAUAUUAGAUUUCUCCUGUGUCUUAGAAAUAAUGAAAAAUCAAGAAAAAACAAAGGAUUUCGUCUGCUCUGUAUAUAUAUAUAUAUAUACAUAUUCUAUUGGUUCGGAAAUGAUCGCAUGGUUGCUUUUCUUCCUUUCAAAUACGAAGUUCAUUCAUAUCAUAUUAAUACACUUUGACCAGCUCGUGGCUCUAUACACUUUCUAAUCCGAAGAAACCAUACACCCAGGCACUCCCAUCAGUCUACUCACUGACAAACACAUAAAUAUUUAAAACUAACAACGGAAGGGCCACUCAAAGCAGAAAUAUAUACCACACGCCCAUUGCCACAGCUC